CACCGUGCUGUUCAUUCGUUAACAAACUCUCAUCGCAAGCGGACGUACGUUGCACUGGUCGUACGCUCCGUCUAGAAACGCCUAAGCUUAAUACCGCUUUAAUCAUAACGAAAAAAAAAACAGAACAAAAACGAUACAACUGCAUCGUUUGUAUGAAAGUUAAGCAUUCGCAUCGGUACAUACAUCAUUUGUAAGAACAUUCUACGUGAAGAAUCUCCCAAUUGCUACGUCGUGAAAAUCAAACAGCAGUGUGAAAAGUGAAGCUUGCGUGUUAAAACCCGUCGCAAUUACGCAAGAAAACGAACAAUUUCUCGUACCAUCAACCCCACGCGACUGGUGAAAAGUGUGCGUCUUUGUGUGUGUGUGUGUGCGUUGUAGUGUGUCUGUAGCGUGAAAAGCAGUAUUGUGAAAAAUCGAAUCCUUCGCUAGGAUAACCGGGAAAAAACGAGGCGAAAAACCCAUCCCCCCCUCCCCUUACUGCAAGCCGUAAUGAAGAAACCGUGUUGCUCGAAGUGAUGCGAUUGUGGGGCGCGUGUGUAAGCGUGUGUGUUUGUGUCGUCGGCGUCUCCGGCGAACCGAAAACCGGGCAACCCGGGGCACCGUGGUGAUAUAGCCGGUGUUACGAAACCCCCCCCCCCCACAACCAGCGACGAUGAUGAUGCUGUCCGUGCUGGUGCUGGCGUCCUUCCAUACCAACCGCACGAGAAAAGUGGCAGCCGUAGCAGCAGCAGCAGCAGCAGUAGAGUCAGGCUCGACGACGAAAAGUUUCUAGGCACCCGGGAGUGCGUUCGGGUGUGUGGGCCCGCGUGUGUGUGUGUCUGUGUUCCCUUAGCCGGGAUUUUUCGUUUUCCUCUGUUUGUUACGACUUUAUGUUUUCUUUCGACACAACACCCCCGAAAUUCGGUGCUGCUAAGCUUCCCUUUCCCACGCCCGUUACGGUGUUUUCAACGGUUUUACUUGCGUGUUGUGUCCCUCCGAGAGAGAAAGAGCCUCUGCAGUGUUUGUGAGUGUAUGUGUGUGUGUGUGUAUAUGUGCCCAACUCGAAAGUUUUUACCCACAAAAUAUAAAGCGAGGGCUUCACAACCAAAAAGAAAAGCAAAGAAAAAGUAAAGCAGAGUAACGCAAAAAAGCCGUGUGAGUGUGUGUGUGUGCGCGAACGUGUGAGGGUGUAUGUUUGGCAACGUGGCCAUACGAAUUUAGGGAAAACAAAGUGAAAAGAGUCCUUAGAGUGCUUAGGGCGAUAUAGCGUAUUGUCAGUUAAAGCACAACCAUGCAGCUUCAACAGAUCGUGACGGUCUUGCUCCUGCUGGGCCUGGUCACCGUGACCGUGGCCCGCUCGAACCUAAUGUCCCGCAUGGACGUUGCACCGCGGGGCUGCAAAUGGCAGCGCGUCCUGGACGAAACCGGCGAGGAGGAAGCGCCCGCCACCGUCACCACCGUGCUGUCCUGCAAGCUGAAAACGAUCGGUGCUACGGACACGCUGAUGCGCAACCUGUCCUCGUACCAGAUCGAACGCAUCAACUCGCUGCGGCUCGAGUGCAGCGACAUUCUGUUCUUCGAAAGUUCGCUCGAAGCGAACCAACAUUCGGGCGCGUUUCUCGGCUCGCUGCGACGCCUUCGCGACCUCAAGAUCGAGUACUGCAAGAUCAAGUACGUGCCUUCGAUGGUGCUGGCAACGCUGCGGGACCUCCGCUCGCUGUCCCUCCGCACGCACAACACCGACUGGUCGGCGAUGAACCUGGAGUUCCAUCCGGAGAGCUUCCGCGGGCUGACCGAGCUGAAGCGGCUCGACCUAGCCGACAACAACAUCUGGGCCCUGCCGACGGACGUGUUCUGUCCGCUGUUCUCGUUGCGUCACCUCAAUCUCACCCGCAACCGGCUGACGGAUGUGUCGCAGCUGGGCUUCUCCGACUGGGGCAACGGACCAACGGCACCGGGCAAGGCGUGCAACACGGGGCUGGAGGUGUUGGACCUUUCGCACAAUGACCUCCUAGCCCUGCCCGACAACGGUCUAUCGUCGCUCCGGUCACUCAGCGUGCUGAUGCUGCAGGACAACCUGCUCACCGCGCUUGCCGACCGUUCGUUCGUUGGACUGGGCUCCCUCAAAGUCCUCAACAUGUCCAGCAACAAGCUGGUGGCCCUGCCCCCAGAAACCUUCCAAUCGACACGCGAACUGCGCCAGAUCUAUCUCCAAAACAACUCCCUGUCGGUGCUGGCGCCCGGUAUGCUGGAGGGCCUGGACCGGCUGGAAAUCUUGGACCUCUCGCACAACGAGCUAACGUCCGAGUGGGUCAAGCGCAACACGUUUGCCGGCAUGAAGCGGCUGGUAGUGCUGGAAAUCGCUCACAACGCACUCACCAAGAUCGAUCGGCACGUGUUCCGGGAGCUAUACAGCCUGCAGAUACUGAACCUGGAGGCGAACCAGAUCGAAUCGAUUGCGGACAAUGCGUUCAGCGAUCUGAAGAACCUGGUCGCACUGACCCUCUCCCACAACCGGCUGAAGCGCAUCGAGCAGCAUCACUUCUCCGAGCUGUACGUGCUGAACCAGCUGUACGUGGAGUCGAACCUGAUAGAGUCGAUGCACGGGAGAGCGCUGGAGAAUCUGACGAAUCUGAACGAUCUGAACCUGAACGACAACCGGCUGACGGAGAUACCGGAAGGGUUGGGCAAGCUGCGGUUCCUGAAGUCGCUCGAUCUCGGCAAGAACCGUAUCAGUGCGGUUAGCAACGCUUCGUUCGAGGGUCUGGAGCAGCUGCUGGGACUACGGUUGGUCGAGAAUCGCAUCACGAACAUUUCGCGCGAUGCGUUUGUGACGCUCUCGUCGCUGCAUGUGCUCAAUCUCGCCUCGAACCAGAUCCGUCACAUCGACCAGUCGGCAUUCAGCUCCAACCCAACGAUUCGGGCCAUCCGGCUUGAUAAUAACGAUCUGGAGGACAUUAGCGGUGUGUUUACGUCCCUACCGGCACUGGUGUUCCUGAACGUGUCCGACAACCAGAUCCGGCUGUUCGACUACUCACACUUUCCGGUGUCGCUCGAGUGGCUCGAUAUGCACCAGAACAACAUCACCGAGCUGGGCAACUACUACGACCUGAACAAUCUGCAGAUCAAGAUGUUGGAUGUGUCCUUCAAUCGGUUGACGUCGGUCGAUGCAAAGUGCAUUCCGGACAGUAUCGAAACGCUGUUCCUCAACAACAACGCGCUGGAGGAGGUUGCUGCCGGUACGUUCCUCUCCAAGCGCUCCCUGGAGAAGGUGGUGUUGUACGGGAACUAUCUGCGCAAGUUGGAGAUCGGUGCGCUGGCUCUAACGCGCGUUGCCGACGACCGGGAAGUGCCCGCGUUCUAUCUCGGCGACAAUCCGAUCCACUGCGACUGUACGAUGGAGUGGCUGCAGGGCAUCAACAAACUCGCCCAUCUGCGGCAGCAUCCCCGCGUGAUGGAUCUCGACACAGUCCUCUGCACGAUGGAGCAUGAGCGGGGCGCAAGCAUUCGCCCGCUGAUGGACCUGCGACCGCACGAUUUCCUGUGCCGGUACGAGACGCACUGCUUCGCCACGUGCCACUGUUGCGAGUUUGAUGCGUGCGACUGCAAGAUGACGUGCCCGGACCGGUGCAGCUGCUACCACGACCACACCUGGAAGGCGAACAUCGUGGACUGUGGCAGUGCGGACUACACGGAGGUGCCCGAGCACAUCCCGAUGGACGCGUCCACGAUCUAUCUGGACGGCAAUGAGCUCCGCCAGCUCGCGAGCCAUCAGUUCAUUGGGAAGAAGAAGCUGGAGGUGCUGUACCUCAACGGUAGCAACAUUCGGGACGUACACAACCGUACGUUCAAUGGAAUUCCGAGCCUUCGGGUGCUUCAUCUCGAGAACAACUACAUCAACGAGCUGCGCGGCUUCGAGUUCGAUCAGCUGACGAACCUGAACGAGCUGUACCUGGACCAUAACGCGAUCGCGUACGUCGGGGAGCGAACGUUCGAGAGCCUGCGGUUCCUGGAGGUGGUCAGCUUGAGCGACAAUCGCAUCAGCGAGUUCCGCCCGUGGCAAGCGUUUGCGGCGGCCGGUGAGACGGGGUCGUUGGCACGCGUGGCGCUGGACGGCAAUCGGUGGCGCUGCGACUGUGAGUCGUUGCGGCGGAUGCAGCGCUGGAUCCGGACGGUGAGCGGCGACUUCGAGCUGCAGCGGAUGAUCUGUGCGGACAGCCGGGUGGUGGCCGAUGCGAUUGCGUCGUGCGACAGUCGGCAGGGUGGUGGUGUGUUCGGUGCCGGUGCAGAGGCGGGCGAAGUGGACGGCGAUGGACCGCCCGCGGUACAUCGGACGGUGCUGCUCGGGCACGGACUGAUUGGGGGUGGCUAUGUGCCGCUGCUGGCGGCCAUUCUGGUGGCCAUCAUCGGCACGGCGCUGAUCGUCGCGUUGGCCUGUGUGUUCCGGCAGGACGUGCGGCUGUGGGCCCACGCCCGGUACGGCGUGAGGUUGGUGAAGGACCCGAUCAUUGUCGGUGGCAGGAAGGAGCCCGACUCGGACCGGCUGUACGAUUGCUAUCUCGUGCACAGCGUGCACGACAGUGACUUUGUGGGCCGGCUGCUCGGCGCCGAGCUGCAGCUGCACGGCUACUCCGUGUGCCAGCAUCAUCGCGACGUCCAUCCGGGGGCGUUCUUGGCCGACUCGCUGCAGAGUGCGGCCGAUUCGGCCCGCAAGCUGCUGCUGGUGGUGUCGAUGAACUUCCUGCAGACCGAGUGGUCCCAGCCCCAGUUCCGGGUGGCGCUGCAGUCGGUGAUUGAAAGCAUCCGGCCGGCCCACCGGCGGCACAAGAUCGUGCUGGUGCUGACCGCGCCGGUGGAGAUCGUGGCGAUGGAUCCGAUCAUGCAUCUGCUGAUCCGCACCUGCACCGUGGCGUGCUGGGGCGAGCGCAAGUUCUGGGACAAGCUGCGGUACGCGCUGCCCGACGUGCCGAAGGACCGGGUGCCGGCCAAGCUGGGCGACAUUACGCGCAGUCCGGCCAAUCUUCGCUACACCCCAGCGCCCACGUCGCUCGAGCAGUGGUGCAAGAUCAGCCCGGGCGAGACGGGCCCGAACGGGGGGCAGCUGGUGCCACCCGGUGGGCCGGUUCCAGUGGCCGGCAUCCCGCAGAGCACGCCGUCGCAGAGCACCUGCAACACCGAGGACGAGUCGUCCUCGUCCGCCUCCUCGCAACACUACGAGGCUCCGAUGAGUCAGCACUACAACAUGAGCCGCUCCAGUGCCUCGCUUGGUCACGUGUACUCCACGAUACCGGAGACGCCCCAGAUGGGACGCAACGGAAGAGCUUAUUUCGUGUAAUUAGUGGGAUAUUCGGUGGGAUAAUGGGGACGCUGCGGGGAACAGGACGCCUGUUUUCCGUUGCCCCCAACAACUAAAAGCGUUUUGUACAUACGAACUACUUGUAAGUAGUGUAGGAGGAGGAAGCAGAAAGCGGACACCAUUAUAGUCAAGCGAAAUGUUGCAGUCAACGCUAUACAAACACAAAGGCAGUCAAUUUUGUUGAUUUUUAGUUUUAACAUAUUUUUGCGACUAAGAUUUAGCAUUAAACAAGAAACAAAACACACGGAAACAUACACACACACAAAACCCUCGCCUCUUAAAACGAAACACGUGAACGAUGAUCUCUUUGGCCACGUACGAAGCAAACGGAAGCGCAGUUGGGCCUGGGUCAAAGGGUUGCCGUGCAGGGCGCUAUGUAUUGUAAUUCUUCCGGGAGGGUUUGAGGCGCAAAAAUCCCCACAGCCCCCACGCGGUAGAUGUGUUACUCCCUUUACUAUUAUUAUUAUUACUAUUAUUGCGCCUCUGCUCUUAUUUGCCAAAUAUAUUUGAAAUGUGUAUUUUCACGAGAGGGUUGCGCGAUGAAAACGAAAAAAAGAAAAACAACCUAAUGCAAAAGGACCAGAGUUAGUGUGGGAGGGUGAAGCGAUGAGGUGAGUUGAGGAAGUGGUGAGACAGGCGUCCCAGGGGACUGUGAGAGGAAUAUAUAGGACUAAAUAUAUAUACAUAAAUGAAUGACUUAAAUGAUCGUGAUACUAGUUUUUACAUGGCCUUCCAUAUAAGAGCGAUAACGGUUCCACGUAGCUGUGGUCCUGACUUAAGCAUAGAAAACGCAAAACACAAGAAAAGCGCACAACGUAUAAACGACACACACAUACACACCGAACGAAGUUGAAUCGUUUCAGUAAGUAAGAAAUGUAAUAAUUGUACUUGAAUCUGUUCCCACCUCAAAACGUGGCACAUUGGUCCCCGCGAGUGUUUGUGUGUGUGUGUGUGUGAUGCGCUAGAGAAAUCUGUUCUAACUUGAUCCCUUAUUUUCACGUAACACACGAACACACUUUCCUGCCCGUGUUGUUUUUCGGUCCGUUCGAUCUUUCGUGCUCUUCUCUUCGGUCAGGUUAGGUGAUGGAUACGAUUGGAAGCACAAAGAUGUGUAAGAUGAUUAGAGUCGUUUUGAGUUGAGUGUGCCAUUUUCGCAAGACAAAAAAAGCAAAACAGAACUGACCAACAAAAUGCAUCUAGUGAGGGCGGGAAGAAAAUAGGAAGCAAGCAAAACAACAAAAACAACAGUCUGAAGCCGUUGCGUGGUGCGAUCGGGAGAAAAUUACACCAUUAUUGCCAUAAAGAGACAGUGCAAAGAAAUUACAGGAAGAACGAGAGAAAUAGAGAAAGAAACACACACACACACACACACAAUGUAAAUUAACAAGUUACCGUAACAAAACAAGAGACAAAAAGAGUAAGAAACCCAAUAAUGCAAGCAAAAGCCACCAAACAAGAAAAGGCAAGAAAAUUACAUAAUAAACCAAAUCAGAUGAAAAUUAGACACAUCCAGGCACAAACAAUGGCGCACACUAAAGAGAUACAAAGUGAGGGAGAGAAACACGUCGAGUCGAGCAAUGAAAUAGUAAACCAACCCGGACAAAACACGCAAAAAAAAAAAAACACG